AUGGCACACACGUCUCCUACGGAAGGCUCUAGGAGGACCCUUGAAGAAUACCACAUAAAUGAAGAUGUAGGUUUUGCUCUGCCACAUCCACUGGAGGAACUGCCUCAGGCAUUCAGUGCCUGGACCCGAAUCGCUAGUAAUCUUCCUACACUGAUUGACAAUGGGCAGCUUCGAGGAGAAGUUGAGAAGCUGCCAGUACUCAACACUGAUGAGCUGAGAGGGCACAGGUUGCAGCGCCUGGCACAUUUGGCUCUGGGGUACAUCACCAUGGCAUAUGUGUGGAACCGAGGAGAUGGUGAUAUUAAAAAGGUGCUGCCCAGAAACAUUGCUGUUCCCUACUGUGAACUCUCAGAGAAGCUGGGGCUGCCUCCGAUUCUGUCUUACGCAGACUGUGUCCUGGCAAACUGGAAGAAAAAGGACCCCAAUGGGCCCAGGACAUAUGAGAACAUGGACAUUCUGUUCUCGUUUCCCGGUGGGGACUGCGGUAAAGGCUUCUUCCUUGUCUCUCUAUUGGUGGAAAUCGCAGCUUCUCCUGCAAUCCAAGCAAUCCCCACUGUAUCCAGUGCAGUACAGAAUCAAGACCAGAAGGAGUUGGCAAAGGCACUGUGUGAUAUAGCUGCUAGUCUGGAGAAUGCCAGGGAAUAUUUUAGGAGAAUGCGUGAAUUCGUGGAUCCAAACCAGUUUUUUAAUGUUCUGCGCAUAUAUUUGUCGGGUUGGAAAGGCAACCCCAAGAUGUCAGAGGGUCUGCUAUAUGAGGGGGUCUGGGACACCCCAAAAAAGUUUUCAGGGGGCAGCGCUGGCCAGAGCAGCAUCUUUCAGUGCCUUGACAUCCUGCUGGGAAUAGAGCAUAGGACUGGUAAAGGAUCUCCUGCAGAAUUCCUCCAGGAAAUGAGAGAGUACAUGCCUCCAGCCCACCGAGACUUCCUUUGCUCAUUAGAGUCAGGUCCCUCAGUCCGUGAGUUUGUCAUUUCAUGCGAAGACGAAGACCUGCGGAAUGCAUAUAACAAAUGUGUGAACGGGCUGGUCUCUCUGAGAAAAUUCCAUCUCACCAUAGUAAAUACAUACAUUGUGACUCCUUCGAAGCAGCAGCCCGGGGGUGGCUCCGGGUCAGAGGAAAACAGAGGGACUGGGGGUACUGAUGUAAUGAAUUUCCUGAACAGUGUGAAGGAUGCAACUGAGAAAGCCCUUCUGAGUAGUGUUUAG